AUGUGGAAGUUCGAUAAAAUUGACGUGAUCUCCACUGGCCAGCAGCGUGUGCGAAUGCUGCGGCGAGAUUCUGAGCCGAGCCACAUCACGCGAGCAAAUCAUCAGCACCCGAGCCACGUGACGCGAGUGCCAGUGUACCCCUCACCGGCCGUGAAUGUGAGAUCGCUCCGCCUAUUGACGAGCACCAGCAAAAGCACCAUUCGCAGAUCGGAGGCGAGGGUGGUUUGCCGUUGCCGUGGUCAUCGUCUUUGGGAUCGCAGCAUCAUGAGCGAAGUGACUUUGGGCUCGCGCACGUUGGGUUUCACGUUGUUCCUCGCCUUUGCCGCUGGCACAGUCUUUGGCUAUCUCGCCCAUGAUGUGGAGCGCAAGUAUCGCAAGUGGCACUACGAACGCUCCCGCAAGCGCUACCUCGAUGCCAAGCGCAACCUAGACCAUUAG